ACAUCUCGAACGGCCGCGUGCCACGCGAUCUUCAAGGCCGUUCCCUUCGGGGUGGCCCGAGCAGCGUAUUUCGUUGGGGGUCCCCGAAAAGGGUCCCCCCACUCGCCGCUGGCGUCGCCAGCGGGGCUCUCGCUUCGAAGCACCAAAUUGGGCCACGCCUACUCGGUUGAACAGGGGGCCCAUCGCCCAUGGAAAAUCAUGCGCGUCUGCCCGCUGCCACUUGGUCGUCCCUUAGCUGGGAGGCCAUUCUCUCGCUCUCAACAUCGUCUGCCUUUCGCCGGCGCUCCGAACCGUCGUCGUGAUUUUGGCGAAUUGACGUGAAAGCGCCCGCCGGAGCUCGGCGCACUGGCCGCUUCGGCCAGCAGCGUCUACCCUGCCGGAACUGUGCCUUCUGCUCCCAUGCGACGCGUGCUUCUUCACCGUGUCCGUUUUGUUGCUCGCCGAACGGGGCAGAGAAAGUCAACGAACGCAAGCACGACUGCUAAAACGAUCGGCUGUUUCCUGUGCGCGUUUUUACUUCGCUUUCUUCUUCUUCUUUGCUUUUUUUUCACUUAUGCCUAAAUUUUGUGGUGGUGGUGGGGGUGAUCGUGGUGGUCGCCUCCGCGAGGUAUGCGCAACGAUCGGCAGACGUCACUCGUUCUCUCUAUCUCUGAUGGCUCAAUUGUCAGAAUGCUUUGUUCGAGGAAGCCAAAAAACACUCGAACGUAACGCUGGCCAGCAACGACCUUUCCAGUGCUCAGUUUGACUUGAACAAGAGUGCUUUCUACCGAACUCUGAAAUGUUCUCCCUGAACUCUUUCUGAGAAAAGGACAGGUUUUGCUUCGUUGAGCAGUUGGCAUUGUAGCUUCGUUGUGCAAAACAGCGCCAAAUAUUCGACGCGCUUCAGGCGUUAGAAUAGAUGGCAAAUACAAGCAAGAACCAAACCGUAUGCCCUGGCAGCAACACGUAAGAGUCGCAGGCUUUCAAGAUGAAAAAAAAAGAAAUUACUUUUCCUCUAUCAAAACAUAUUUAGAGACGAAUAGAGUCCAAUAUUUAAAAAUAUAAAGAAGAAGCUGGCCGGACUGAGACGUGUAUCAACGGCAAAAGCAUGACCGAAGAAAGCGGCCGUCAGCUGGCAACAUAAAUAUUUCGUUUUGACGAAUAUUUACGCUGUUUUACAAAACUUGUAGUUUGACUAAAAUUUCUGGUUGAGUUUUGGGCUUCCAUUAAGUGUUUUACAAUAUUGCUUGUCAGCUUGACAACGCAGAAACCUGUUUUGAGGCGUCUGUCUCUGUGUAUAUAGAUUCAUCAUGGCAGUUGGACUUGGUGGGAUCCGUUUUGAAACCUGCGAGAGAGAGCUGUUAAAAGUAAUCUGUCAUAGCCCACCGUUUCCGAGCGUUGUAGUGUCCGUGGGACCCCUCUUGCGUAAUUUAUGUGGAGUCACGCAACCACUGCCGUUGUGAUUCAUCUCACGCGCGCCACGUUCGCUACGGCUAAGCGCUGUCAAUCGUGUGCGAUGCGGCCUACGGGGACGCUAAAUUAGCGUUGUUAGAGCACUCUGAUACGUGAUACGCCCAUUUGGCGUAUCACGUAUCAUCCAAUACCUACAAAUGACAAUAAAUGUUUAUCCGCUUGACAGGGGUGUACGCUUCUUUCAUCUCGCUCAUUCGCCCAGGAGUGGCGCAGCCUUCUCUGUGCACGAGCUAGCAGCUGCAUGAGCACGUAGAAGAAGAAAUUGAAGAGCGAAGCAGUGGUUAUCAAUUUUUGAGAUCGUCUUAAAGGCGUCAGCUUCUUCGCCAAUAUCGCAUCGUGCGCAAAUGUCUGUGCUUGAGAACAAGCACAAGACGGGCUCUUCGCUCCGUACCUCGGACGCGGCCGUCUCUCGUGGCGGACAGAGCGACAGGACUGCGAGCAUCCCCAGCACCUCGACCCUCCGCCAGGCCCGACAUGGCGAGAAACGACGCGCCUGGCAAGCGACAGCCGACAGCGAGCGUGCCUACGGCAGCAACAGCUUUCGGCUGCUCCUCCUGCUGUUCGCCCAAACGUCCGCCUUUGCGUCGUACGUGCAGGGUUGGACCCGGGUGGCAGACGUCCAGCCCGUCGACUAUUGGUGCAUGCCCCCGUCCAAGUACUCGUACAUGUCCACGGCCCAGUGGUUCAACGUCGGCAUUCCGCGUCGCCCCGACGGCAGCUACAGCCAUUGCGCGUACUACGAGCGGCCCCGAUCCGCGGUUUCCGAGCCCAGCGGCGCCGAGGUGCUCUGCGACCACUGGUACUACAACGUGAGCGAGAGCACACACAACUUGCUCGUCGAGUGGGACUUGGUCUGCUACAGGACCUGGCUCUUGGACGUCGCCGAGGCCGCCUUCGUAAGCGCGAGCGCUCUAUGCGCGCCUUCCAUGGGACUCGCUUCGGACAUGUUCGGACGGUGGCCCGUGCUGUACGCGUCGGUCGUCGUGCUCUUCUGCACUGGGCUGACCCAGUGCUUCGCCACGACGCUGGCCUCGUACGUCGUGCUACGCUUCACGUCACAGGCGUCCGCCAGUGUCCUGGAGCUAAUCGCCAUCGUCCUGCUGUUCGAGUCGACGCAGCUCGCCCAACGCGACUCUUUCGUUGCGCUCGCGAUCUGCUUUCCGACGAUGCUGGUUCCUACCUACGUAGCCGCACUGAAUUUGUACACGCGGGACUGGAGGACCCUACGCCUUGGCGUGGCUGCACCUUCGCUGUUGCUGAUCGUCUUGGUUCACUUGACCAGCGAGUCUCCGGACUGGCUCGUCGUCAACGGUAGGACUACGGAAGCCGAGCGCGUUCUGAUGUGGACCGCGCGAUCGGACCGCACAGAACCUGGCCACGUUAAGGAUAGGCUGAGCGCAAUAACCGGCUCUCUUGCACUGUCCGGCGAGCGGCCAGCGACGGUCGCCGGCAGCCCCAACUUUCGCCUGCUUUUUACCGGGCCCAUGCGCUACCUCUCCUUCUGCACCUUUGGCUUUUGGUUCUUUUCGUACGUGGGAUAUUUCAGCCCCAGCUACGUGGAGGCUCACGCCCACGUCUACGACCUCAGGUGGAUUGCGUUGGCGUUGAACGUACUCGGAAUGCUGACCUCGUAUUUUAUGGCCAAGCACUGCGGCUACCGCUACCCUCUCUCCGUGUUCGCGCUCACGACCUCCGCCAUGGUGGCGCUUAAGUCGGCGCUGAGCACGCUUUCGCUGCGCGUGCCGCUCGCAUGGACAAUAAUUUUGGCCUACAUACUUUUCAACAUGCUGAGCGUUUUUCUUUCCAUCCACACCGUGAAUAUAUUUCCGACCAGAGUGAGAUGCAUCGGUUAUUCUUUCGCCUACAUGUGCGGAACUGUGGGAGCUAUGAUGGCGGCGAUCAUGAGACGCGCGGAGAGAGCGCUGCCGCAUAUUUUGAAGCCGUUUCCGGUAGCCCUGACUGCGGUCGGCAUGGUUGUUUUCUCCAUGAGCAUCCUGCUCCUACCGAAACGCGCAAAAGAGGAUCCGACUGGCAGUUCCCAAAAGGAGAAGAGAUCGAUUGCGCGCCGUUCGCUGUUCGAAGAAGCAGAGCGACAGAUGACGUCAAUGGUUUCUGACUAUGCUGGAACAGGUACAACACAAGCAAGCAAGCGAGCAAGCGGCCACGCAACCAACCAAUCAAAUAAAUAA